UGAUUUGUCCGCCUACUCAUGUGAUGACGGAGGAACAGUAUUUAAUGCAGAACUUCGCUGGAUUGGAUACUAGCAGGGAUGGAAGUGAAACUGGGAAAUGAUUGUAUUCGAAGUAUUUUACUGACAUGGCAACAUUGCUAAAGACUUCAGUCCAGCCGAAGUUGGUGCAUGAGGGAAGUGACCAAAGUCUCAUGUGUAAUUACUGCACACGGCCCAGCGGGAGAUCAGAGGGGACUUUGUGACAUGGCUUUCACAGGAGUGUUUGCGAUGCCUUUCACGCUGAUGUCAGCAACGCUUUUGCAUCUGGUCACCAUGGCCAUGCUGUUCAUUGCCACCGUGGAAAAGGCGUGGUGGACAUGGGGUAGCGUGGAGAACACAGACCUCUGGCAUAAGUGCAUGUACGACAACAACACAGACACCUGGCUGUGCACCUCUGCCACAGAGAACGAGUGGCUGCACUCUGUGCAGGCCUGCAUGGUGCUGGCCGUGAUCCUCUCAUCCGUCUCCUUCCUGGUGUUCCUCUGGGAGCUCUUCACCAUGUCUAGUAAAGGACUCUUCUGCUUCUCAGGCCUCUGCCAGAUCUUUGCAGGUCUGGCAGUGUUUGCUGCUGUGCUCAUCUACAGCUUCCAGAGGAAGGAGAUCCUUCAGGACGUCCGUAAGCUCUCCAUGGGCCGCUUUGGCUACUGCUUUGUCCUGGCCUGGGUGUGUGUGCCGCUGCUACUCGGCCUCGGGGUGUUCCAUGUCUACCUGCGUAAGAGGGCGUAGCGCGCACACACACACACACACACACACACACACACACACACACACACACACACACACACACACACACACACACACACACACACAAACAGCUCUCCAGUGCCACAAGACACUAUUGGCUGUUCCCUGACCACACCAGGGAGCUUAGUGACUUCCUUCCUAAUGCAAUCCUCAUUUUGGGACUUUGAUAUGGAACCACAUUAUAUCAGUAUAACAGUGUAACAUUAUUUUCAGUCUUCAGAAUAUUGCUUUAGUCAGUAUUGUUAUCCAGUGCCUGUCUCCAUGUUGGUUACUGCCCCCUGGUGAUAGGAGGCUGAAUUUUUGAGAAUAGUAUGUUUUAUUUACACUGAGCUUAUGGUUAAAUAUAAAGCUUAGUUUAUGCUAUUACUACAUUGUAUGUUUACUGUAUGUUGAUAUAUGGAAAUAAUUACUAUAAACAAGAAUUUGGUAGAA